UAUUCAGAUGGGGGCUGUUCGAGUGGGUGAGAAUGUGAUGUGAUGCUGGCUGAUGCUGUUGCUGUGUUAUUGAUGCCAAUUCGCCGUUGUUGAAUAUGAAUCUCUCUCUUUUCUAACAUCGUUCUACAUGGAGAUUGCCAAUGUUGGGAAUUAUCGAUUUUCCAAUUUUUGGUCGUUUUUGUGAAUGUUUUUUUCUCAUUCACAUUGAAGAAAAGCAUCCACUAAAGUAGACUAACACUAACAACAACAAACAAGAAAACAAUUGACUACAAUCUUAAUAAAAACGAACAACGUAAACGAACAAUAAUAAGUUUUUACGCCCUGGAAUCUGUGUGCUCUGAACUUUUUUAGUUCUAGGGUGGUAGCGAUACGAAGUGGUAGUAUAGAAAUUUCAGAGAGAGACUGAACAAUAUUGGUACAAAAAAUAGAAUAAAAUUAAAUCAAUGACAAACGAGAACGAAAGAAAAAAACUUAAGAAGGUUAUAAUCACAAUGUAGAGUAUUUGCUAUAAUUUGUUGACAAAUUAACAAGAAUAAUCUCAGUGUUGUUAAUUAUAGACAGAAAAUAUUGCAACAACAAAUAAAAACAACAAAACCAAACCGACUCCAUCGGCAUCGGCAUACAACAUUGUUCGAAAUUAAUCUUAAUUCGGCGCAGUAGUGUAUCUGUAUCCACAACUUAGCAUUCGGUAUUGGUUGGUUGUCAGUUGUGUAGUUAACCAACUCUCGGUUCUCGAAGUCUGGUGGCAGUAUUUUAAAUUGUGAAGUAAAUUCAAAUAUCUAAACUCGCGCCUUUUACAACAACACAACACAACACAGAGUGUAAAUGGCAUUUGCAAGGCACAAUAUCGAAAAGAAUCGUCUGAUUGAAAUGGUUCGUCAGAAUCCGAUUCUGUGGGAUUGCCGGCUGCCGCAUUACAAACGCUCGGAUAAGAAAAAAGAUAUCAAAUGGUGUGAGCUGGGGCGAGCGUUUAAUGUGUCCGGCGAACGUGUCCAGAGGACAUUCACAUCGCUGCGAGAGAUAUUUCGACGUGAGCUGAAUCAUGAGAAGUUGCUUGGAGCUAGAUUCACAUCUAAAUGGGAGUACUAUGGGGCGAUGAGUUUUCUGAAGGAUGUAAUAAGGGAACGAAAAACUUUUUCAUUUUUCAGAACCCGAGAACGCUUUCGUCGAGAUGGUUUAUUCAAAGACAUUAUCAAUGAAUACAAUUGUAAUGAGAAACAUCAAAAUAAAAAUGGCUCAAAUCUAAAACCAGAUGUUAUAAUGAAUGAUUCUCCACCUCCAUUAAAUCAUGAGAUUUCUUCAUCCCGAUCAUCAACACCAUCAAUAUCAAUCAAAGAAGAACCAACCGAUCAUGAUGGUGAUGAUGAAUGCAAUGACGAUCUUCCAAAACCAGCUAAACGUCGUCGUAAAAAUCCACCACAAACCUUACCAACAAAUAAUGAGCGUUAUCCUCAAAAUGGAUCACCAACAAAUGGUGGACCAUCAGGAUCUACAUCAAAUUACCAAGGACAAAAUGCUGUUAAAAAUCAAUCAUCAUAUAUAAAUUAUACCAAAAAAUCAAGUGAUGACGAUGAUGAAAGCGAAGAAGAACAAACCAAAGUUAUAAAACAAACACCACGAGAAAUUCUCUACACAAAAUUUGGAGAGUUUUUAUCAGCCCGACUGAAUACACUAAAUGAGACUGUUGCUAAUGAAUUAAUGAAUAGAAUUUUAUUAUUAGUUGCUGAAAAUCGAUAAAAAAUAGUUAUUAUUUUUAAGUUUUUGGAGAGUUUGUAGAUUUACACACAUUUAUAAAAAUUUCUUUACAAAAGUCAAAAUGUAUUAGAUUUAAGCAAAAGAAG